GCUGCGUUGACUGACGGGCAAUUCAUGAGAACCCUGGACACGUCAUGGGAGACGAGUGGAUGCAGAGAUGCUCUACAGAUCCCUGCCACCGUGGGGCCGGACCAGGCCAGGAAAGUUUGUCAGCGGGUCCGCAAUUUGUAUUUCCAAGACAGGCGGAUCGAUUUUCAAUCAAUCUACAACCUAGUGCAGAUGACCGGGGAUCGAUGGUUUAAUGUGCCGACCAUGAAGUCAGCCUUCCAUCACGCCCGAAAGGCCCGGGUUCAUCUGUACCUAUUCGCAUUCCAAGGAAGAUAUGCAGUGAUCAAUAUCAUCAACGGAAUAGCUCGAAAGCUGGGUCUGCCUCCGCUUCCCGCGGCUGUUUCGCAUGGUGACGAUUACACGUACCGAUCGAACUCGGGAAACUUCACUUCGCAUGAGGGCAAAAUCGGAGAAAUGUACUCGGGAAUGAUUCGCCAUUUCGUCACAACUGGGGAGCCGCGCCCUUCGUUGCCAGAAUACCAGAUCAGUUGGCGGCCUUUUGACCCGGCGAAAAACGACCUCGUUCGGCAAGUGUACGACGAUUACGUUCGCUUGGACACGAUUUCCGACCCCAUGAACCUGGUCAACUUCUGGGAUUCUCUGAACAUUUGAGUCCACAAUUAUAUAGGGAUCGUUCUGAGAUGAAGUCACUCAAUCACGGCAAAGUAAUUCGAGUAGUUUUCAAAAACUGUUCCUCGGUUAAAUUUACAGCUUUAAAAAAAGGCGUAAAAGUAGAGGUCCUCCCAACAAAACAGACUGGAAUGGAGGAAGUUGAAAAGAGAAUGACUUCAAUUUCAAACCAAAAAGAAGCCUUACAGUUCAUCAUGCUGAAAAAUGAUUUUCAGUAAUAUGAUACUCACCAUUCUGGAGAUUUCAGUGCCUUAAUUUGUUCGUUGUUCGUUCGAAAAACCAUUUAUGCGGGUUGCAUUACGCGUUUCGACAAUUUUUGUGAAUAAAAAGGCAGUGAUUAAGAUAUAGAUA